AUGAUAGACGCAGGUCUCUGUUCUCCUACUAAUCUCACUUCCCACCCCUCAAACACACAGCCCAACCACCCCUCAAACACACAGCCCCCCACCCCUCAAACCCACAGCCGACCCACCCCUCAAACCCACAGCCCAACCACCCUCAAACCCCAGCCCACCACCCCUCAAACCCACAUCCUCCCACCCCUCAAACCCACAGCCCACCCACCCCUCAAACCCACAGCCCACCCACCCCUCAAACCCACAGCCCCCCACCCCUCAAACCCACAGCCCCCACCCCUCAAACACACAGCCCCCCACCCCUCAAACCCACAGCCCACCCACCCCUCAAACCCACAGCCCACCCACCCCUCAAACCCACAGCCCCCCACCCUCAAACCCACAGCCCACCCACCCCUCAAACCCACAGCCCACCCACCCCUCAAACCCACAGCCCCCACCCCUCAAACCCACAGCCCACCACCCCUCAAACCCACAGCCCACCCACCCCUCAAACCCACCGCCCACCACCCCUCAAACCCACCGCCCACCCACCCCUCAAACCCCGCCCCCCACCCCUCAAACCCACAGCUCCCCACCCCUCAAACCCACAGCCCACCCACCUCAAACCCACAGCCCACCCACCCCUCAAACCCACAGCUCCCCACCCCUCAAACCCACAGCCCCACUUGCUGCUGUGAUGACACUUUCUG